AUGGAUAAACAAAAUUCUGAUCUUAGACUCAGUAGCAGAAGGCGUGGUAAUAAUGAUCGUCAUCGUGGAACUAACAGCAGAAAAGGUGAUGAAUUUCAAAGAACUCCACCACCUAAUAUUCAGGAAAUAAAAAAGGCGCAACAUGAAGCGACUAUUGAAAAUUUUCGUUCCACCGAAUUAACAUACAAGGGUAGUGACCGAAUAAUCACCAUACCCAAUGGAGAUCGAAUUAAGUUCAUAUGGAAAAAAAUUUUAAAGAGAGAUAAUGGACCCUUGAAUCAAAGUAAUAUUAGAAUUUUCAUUAGUUCAGCAUUGGUAGUAACAAGUUAUCAAUCUGGUUAUGAGGUAAAUGAAUUGGUAUCAGAAUUAGGUGAUCAUGAUGGUGGCCUUAAGUUGUUGAAAGAAAUCAUAAAUUUUCCUUCAAUGUCAUGCGAUGCGGGUCUUAAGCAAGAUGUGUUAUCCUUUCAACAUGUCGUAUUACCUUUAUUGGGAUUAUUGACGAGAACCUCAAUUACCGAAUGUAUUUUGGAAAAGUACGUUCAUGCCAUCAUUAUGAUCGUUUACACAAAUCUUGACUCCUUCCUUCAUGAUAAUGUAAUGACAAUGUUGAGGACUUUGGUGCAACGUAAUUCUUUCGUUGACAAUCAAGUAGGCGUGGAAGAAUUAUUGAGACACGAACGAUAUUCAUUUAUCCCAACUACUUUGGGAACGUUCUUCUUGAUCAUCGUACGGCUACUUACUGUGUUAUUACGUCGUAUCAAAGAAGCAUCAAUCAACGAAACCAUGCACCAGAUCGCUCGCGAUCUUCAAGAUCUAAAGAUCACAUAUCAACAAUCUAUUCAACAACAAUUACCGUCUACCAACUCAACUGACCCAUUAAUCAAUAAUCUUGAAACUAGAAAUUUUUUUUUCAUGAUAUUAGAUAAAGAAAUGAACAUCAUGAACAAGUUGUUAAAUAAUGGACGCGUUAGUUUAAUCGAUGAACAAAAUCCGAAUAAAAAAGAAUUAAUCUCGAAAUUAACAUCAUUGCGUUAUAAAGGAAUGGCUAGGAAAGCUGAUAUGGAAAGAAUUUAUGAUCCUCCUGGUAAAUUAUCAAAUAAAGGCAAAAGGCAUAAUAACGAUUUUGAGGAAAUUUCGGAAAUUUCAAUCAUUCCUACAAUGGAGGAGAUAUUGUGUGAUCGUUCUCCUUUUUUACCAUUUUCUCUCCCUGAUGCACCACAUUUUCUACCUGAUGGGGCAGCUAAAUUACUUGAUACACAAUUUCGUUUAUUAAGGGAAGACAUGUUAAAUCCCAUUCGUGGAAGCGUGUCGAAUUUAAUAACAGCAUUAUCACGAAAUUUGAGACCUUCUCUUAAUAAUAGUGAAUUUUCAAAAGAAUUAAGGAGGAUUCAAAAGGAAUUUGGUGGUUUACAUGUGUACACCGAUCCACAAUUUAUUAGUAUUACAUUUGAUAAGAGAAAAGGAUUAGUUUACACUUUGAGAUUCACUCCCCCAAAAAUUCGAAAUAAACAUAAUAAUGUACGGGAUAGGCAAGCAUUUUGGGAAAAAAGUAAAAGGUUAUUAACAGGAAGUUUGGUUACUUUAUUAUUACCGAAUCCAAAUGCCCAAAGUAUUUCUGAUAGGUAUUCGGUAUAUUUCGGAGUGGUUGCAUCAAGGGAUGAAAGAGAUUUGGCCAGAAACCUCGAAUAUUCUGAUAUUGGUAUUAACUUUGUUGAUCUAUCAAUUUAUCCUAUUGCGUUGGAUGAGAUUUUAAAUCCUCAUAAAGUAACCGAAAAAUCCUUAGAACAACGAUUUAUGGUUGAAUGUACCGGUGUUUAUUUAGAAUCUUAUUAUCACAUUCUUAAUACACUUAAAUCUAUGGAUCCUUCUUCCCUCCCAUUUGAAAAAUAUCUUGCUCCAAAUUUUGAUGACUCUAGUGAUGGUGGUGCUGUAAAUGUUAUGGUUGAACCACCAAUGUAUGCUAGAGCACCUGAAUUUGAAUUUGACUUGUCAAUUUUAUGCGAUAAAAAGCAAAAUUUAAAAUUAAAUGUUGCCAAUACAAGAGGCUAUGAUGAAGUGGCGAAAAGGAUUAACGAAUAUAGUAGAUUGGAUGAAACUCAAGCGAAAGCGUUGAUCGGCGCUUUAACUCGUGAGAUUGCAUUAAUCGAAGGUCCACCUGGUACAGGAAAAACUGUAGUUGGGGUUGAGAUCAUGAAAGUGUUAUUGGCAAAAGAAAAUCGAAAGAACAAACUUGGUCCCAUUCUCACCAUUUGUUUUACUAAUCACGCGCUUGAUCAAUUCUUGGAGCAUUUACUUGACGCAAACAUAAAAAAGAUCGUUAGGUUAGGCUCUCGGACAAAAUCUGAACGGAUUAAGGAAUUUAAUAUUGAAGAGAUUUGUAAAAAUAAUUCUUUUGGCAAAAAAGGUUAUGAAUUACGUAAAUCAUUAAAUGACAUCGAAAGUCGCGUCAAGGAGAUUAGCAACAAAUUUUCCAAAAACUGGUUAAAAUGGAAUGAUGUAUCAAAUUAUCUAAAGAAAAAUGAAACGAAAUUUUAUGAAAAAUUUGAACGCGUGUCUAAUGAGGAUUUGCCAAGUUGGGUUUUAGGAACUUAUAGCGGUGAAGAAGAAUUUUUAAAUUAUUUUAGACCUGCUCAUAAUAAAUCUGAAAAUUUACCCAUAUUUGAGAAAUGGGUAAGAGGGAAAGAUUUUGAAGUAAUUAAGAUGAGAAAGAAUAUUUUAUUGAAUCCGCAACAGAAUGAUCAGAAACCAAAGGAAAAUUUAAAUAGAAACAAGUUCGAAUUGUUACAGGCAGAAGAAAAUGAAGAGAGCACGAGUGGUGAUGAAUCAGAAACCGACCAUGACACAAUAAAAUGGAUAUUGGAUUACGAAGAACCUGAAACGGAUCGUCCUUUGGAAUUCUUAUUAAAUAUGGACUCCAUUUGGGAAAUGUCAAGGAUGGAACGAAAUACUCUUCAUGAUUAUUGGCGUACAAAAGUUAAUCAGGAAUUCAUAGAAACUUUGUCAAGGUUACAAAAAAUGUAUGAUAAAAGACGUAAUGAUUGGAAUAACAUGUAUGACGAAAGACGUCGUCAAGCAUUAUUAAGUCGCGAUGUUAUUGGUAUGACCACAAAUGGCGCUGCUAAAUUUCAAAGUUUAAUUAAACAUAUUAAUCCUAAAGUUAUUAUUUGUGAGGAAGCUGGCGAAGUACUUGAAGCUCAUAUCCUUAGUGCAUUGACUUCCGAAACUCAACAUUUAAUAUUGAUCGGAGAUCCAAAUCAACUUCGACCUCAUAUCGCUACUUAUUCUCUUAGUAUGGAUUCAAUUUUAGGAAAAAAUUAUCAACUAGACAAAUCAUUAUUUGAAAGAUUAGUUAAUGGUGAUAAGGCGACGAAGAUUGAGAAAGUUCAACUUUCAACUCAGAGACGUAUGAGAAAGAAUGAAAUUUCUGAUUUGAUAAGAUAUACACUUUAUCCAGAUUUAAUUGAUGCUGAAAAUACCGCUAAAUAUCCAAAAGUGCGUGGUGCACAACAUAAUGUAUAUUUCAUUAACCACGAUCAUCCAGAAGUUGCUCCUGAUGGAGACUUUUCAGCACAAUCUCAUGUGAAUAUUUAUGAGGUCAAGAUGGUAGUGCAGAUCGUAAAAUAUUUUAUCAAAAAUGGGUAUACUAAACCUGAUGAUAUAGCUGUGCUUACCCCCUAUUUGGGACAAAUGAUGAGAAUCAAAGAAGCUUUAUCUGAAUUAUUUGUUGUAGUCUUGGAUGAAAGGGAUGAACAAAAACUUGCUGAAAUGGAAGAACAAGAAGUUGGUAAUGAUGACGAAUUAAAUAUGGCGGAUGUGACUGUUUCAAGAAAAACAUUAUACCAACAAGUUACUUUGAGAACUAUUGAUAAUUAUCAGGGUGAAGAAGCGAACAUUGUCAUCAUUUCUUUAGUUCGUAAUUUCUCCAAAUCUAAUUGGCAAGAUACUAUUGGAUUCUUAAAAAGCACGAAUCGAAGUAAUGUAUUAUUAUCACGUGCAAGAGAAGGGAUGUAUCUUAUUGGUAAUUCUGAAUUGAUGGAAACAAGAUCCAAAGAUAUGUGGGCUCCUGUAAUUAAUAUAUUACGAACACGAAAUCCUCCACAAGUUGGUUUUGGUAUGCCAAUUGAAUGUCAUAAGCAUCCAGAAUACAAGAAUGUAAUUUUCGAACCCGAACAAUUUGAAUUGGUUAGUCCGAAUGGGGGAUGCUUCGAGUUAUGUCGUGCAAAACUUCCCUGUGGACACACGUGUACUUCUAUGUGUCAUACAGAUGAUCCUCAGCACCUUGGAACCAAAUGUCUUAAACCUUGCCCAAGAUCACAUCCAAUAUGUAAUCAUCCAUGUCCAAAGAUUUGUUAUGAAAAUUGCGGACAAUGUGAAUUUCCCAUAGGACCUAUUAUUUUACCUGGUUGUGGUCAUGUGUUUAAGGAUGCUACAUGUUGGCAAAAUCAAAAUAAAGAUGUUAUUAAAUGUUUGAUCCAAGUCCAAAGACGAUUAAUCAGUUGUGAACACUCAAAAAUCAUUGACUGCUAUUUACCUGUUGAAAACGUUAAAUGUGAAAAGAUAUGCGGAGUUGUUUUGGAAUGUAAACAUAGAUGUUCAAAUCAAUGUUUUCAAUGUCAAAGUUUUUCUAAACCACGAGAUGAAAACAAAUUGAACGGUGAAAUCGUUCCUAUUUUACGAACAAAGCAUGGCAAAUGUAAACAAUAUUGUAAUAGAUUGUUAUUUUGUGGACAUAAAUGUGAAUCAUCAUGUCAUGAAGGGAGCGCAUGUCCACCAUGUGGUGCUAAAUGUACAGCAACAUGCAAACAUGCAUCAUGUGAUAAACGUUGUAUAGAACCUUGUUCUUUGUGUGUGGAAGAAUGUCCAUGGGAAUGUGACCAUCAAGGUAGAUGUGAAUUAAGUUGUGGAGUUCCUUGUAAUAGGUUGCCUUGUAAUGAAAGAUGUAACAAAAAGUUGGAAUGUGGACAUGAUUGUUCUGGUGUUUGUGGCGAAAUAUGCCCUUCAAAAGAUUUUUGCAUGAUUUUAUCAGAUGCCCUUAAGAGUAUUUCAUUUAGUAAGGUGAAUUGGAAAAAGAAAAGAAUGAUUGUUCUUUCUUGUGGACAUGCAUUUACCAUGGAAAACAUGGAUAUGCGCAUGGGUAUGGAAGUCUAUUAUGAAAGCGAAGGCAUAUUCGAGAGAAAAUGGUCAUCAGUUAAAAUCCUUCCCGCAUCAACAACAAAUGUAAAAACAUGUCCAGUAUGUCGUACACCUAUCAAAAAUAUUAGGAGAUAUGGUAGAAUAAUUAACAAAUACAAUAUGGACGCACAAAACAGAAAAUUCCUAAUUAAAUAUGACAAUCAAUUAAGUCAUGUUACUAAACGAAUAAUUUCGAUUGAGGAUAAUAUGAAAGAUAAGAAAAAAUUAUUAUCUGGUUUAGGUCAUUUGCCUACUGAAGUUUCAAGAUUUAACGAAAAAAUGUAUGAAGUUCCUAGCGACACAUCCGAGAUUAUACCUCAUACAUAUUAUAAAUAUGUUGACAAAUAUCAUGGAUUUGAAAAUUUCAGUAAAAAGAUUUGGCAUGAUCAUGUCGGAGAAUUAUUAAAAUGUUAUAAUGAAUUAACGAACAUACUUUACGCCACCAAAUCGCCAUCUCAUGUAAAAGAUUUUGAGGCAUCCACCACAAGAUCAUCUCAAGUUGCUGAAGGGGAAUUAACCGUUGAUUCGAAAAUUUAUUCUUUGAGCGCUACUCCAUCGAAUAAAUUUACGGUCUCUUCGAAAAAUGUACUUUCUCAAACAGGAAUUUCGAUAUCGAAAAUAUACCGCAGAAUUUAUUUAGACACACUUUUUGAAAUAGUCAAUUUACAAAAAUUCCUAUUCAAUGAGACCUUAUUUAUAAUUCAAGAAAUAUCGAAAACGGAAAAACCAAUAGCUACAAGAAUUAAAGAAGUUUGGUAUCAAUUUGCUGAAAACUUACAACUUUCUAUUCAAAAACAUCUAAAUACCAUUCAGGAAGUAGCAGUGUCUGCUUAUUAUAAUAGACACCUACUUUUGAUCAAUGUAGAAAUGUUAGAAUUGGAACUUAAUAAGAUUAUUUAUCAAUUAAAGUACUCACCUAAAGUACCUCGGAUUAACGUUACGAAAAUAUGUAGAAUCGUUAGGAAGGAAAUUGUGAAUAUAUGUAAGCAUUAUGAAUAUAUUAUUGCGAAGGGGACAUUUAAAAGCGUUAUCGAUAUCAGAUUAGAGAAAAUAUUGGAAACUUGUAAUAAAGUUGAAACUUCAAGUAUUAAAGGAAAGUUAGAGAUUUAUCGUUUAAUUCAAAAUGAAUUUAUAAGUUCAGGACAUAUAUAUGAAUGUCCUAAUGGUCAUCCGAUUGUGAUGCAAAUUUUGAUGUUGGAAAUGAAACAAAAAGCGAAACUAGUAAUUGUAGUUUAA